CAGACCUACCCUGCGACUUUCAGGCAGAUUCAGCUACCAGAUCCCAGAAAACAUGACCCUGGCUGCCUACAAGGAGAAGAUGAAAGAGCUCCCCCUGGUGUCCUUGUUCUGCUCCUGUUUCUUGGCUGAUCCCCUGAAUAAGUCAUCCUAUAAAUAUGAAGCAGACACGGUGGACCUGAACUGGUGUGUGAUUUCUGACAUGGAAGUCAUUGAGCUGAACAAGUGUACUUCGGGCCAGUCUUUUGAAGUCAUCUUGAAGCCACCUUCCUUUGAUGGGGUGCCUGAGUUCAAUGCUUCCCUGCCUCGGCGGCGAGAUCCAUCACUGGAGGAGAUCCAGAAGAAAUUAGAAGCAGCUGAGGAACGCAGGAAGUACCAGGAAGCUGAACUCUUGAAACACUUGGCGGAAAAACGAGAACAUGAGCGGGAAGUGAUUCAAAAAGCCAUUGAGGAAAACAACAACUUCAUUAAGAUGGCUAAGGAAAAACUGGCCCAGAAGAUGGAAUCCAAUAAGGAGAACCGUGAGGCCCACCUUGCUGCUAUGUUAGAACGUCUGCAAGAGAAGGACAAGCACGCGGAAGAAGUGCGGAAAAACAAGGAGCUAAAGGAAGAGGCCUCCAGGUAAAGCCCAGAGGCCAACGAAGUUUCCAGGACAGACGGACAGCUGCUGCA